UCGAUUUUUUGGCCAACCCGCAACGUCCAUCAUGAUGUUCCACUAUCAAAAUAAAAAUAUCUUUUAGCAAUAGUAUCUUCGCAUAAUUGUAUUAAACUAUUGCCAAAAUGGAUAUAAGUGUGUUGGAAUGGAAGAAAGUGGAUCUUUUCAAUGUAAUCGCCGUACCAUUUGUAAAAAUUCCAAAUACAGCAGAAAUAUCGUGCUACUGCUUUCCCGAAUCAAAAUCAAGCACUGAGGAAAGAAAUAUAAAAUUAGUAAUUUGUGAUAAAAACGGAAAUAUUCUUACUUACUUUUCAAAUUGGGAUUGUAUCACCUUUAAGUCUCCAUCCAACCGGAAAGCUAUAGUUCUUUGUUCCCUUACCAGCAAUAACUGCCUUGCGACUGUCACACCGGAUACCAAUAAUGGUAUUCACAUUGAUGUAUUUGACCUUAAUAGAUUAACAAAAAAGCAAGCAGCUCCAAUAAUUGCAUCUGCAUAUACUCAGCCUUCAAGUACGCCCUUAUGCCUCAACGCAGACGUCAUUGACGAUAAAUUGCUUGCGUUGGCGAUAGGAUUGGGGAAUGGUGAUAUUCUCUUGCAUUAUGGAAAAAUCACAAAAAACUUUUCUGCAAAUAUUCGCCAACAUACUGUUUCUGGAAACGCAGUCAAUGGAAUACAUUUUGACUUCAAAACACAACCUUUAGAUACAACUCAAAUAAUGUUUGUCACAUGUGUUCAAGGAGUUUAUUGUUUUAUGUUAAAAGAGAAGAGCAUUAUGGAUACAAAAUUUGUACUUGAUAAUGAUAAAGGUAAUCUUAAUUACCGCAGUGUAAUGCGCAAGGCUGGAGAUUGCGAAUUAAAUGAUUCGAUGUUGGUUGUGGGACGGGCAGACGCUGUUUAUUGCUACACUCCUGAGGGAAGGGGUCCUUGUUUUGCUAUCGAAGGAGCAAAGGAAUGCCUGGCUUGGGUAGGUCAUUACCUGAUCGUCGGCGUCAAAAAUUCAAACUUAAAGCAGAAUGUAACGACACUAAUUGUUUUGGACACAGAAAACAAAAUCAUAGUUUUUCAAAAGCAAUUUCAAGAAUUGUUUUAUGUAAUCAGUGAAACCAAUUUUUGCUAUGUUGUUACGAAUUCUCGCGACGCGAAUGCUUGCGACAUAUUAAUGUUAGAACAAAACAGCAUAGAUGUUAAUAUACGUCUCUUAGUUGAAAAAAAUAUGUAUAAUAUUGCUUUGAGAUUGUUGCAUCGAGAAGGCUAUAAUUCAACGCCAGAAACUGCAUUGGUACGAUUUCAGUACGGGAAUCACUUACUUCAAAAAGGAGACAUCAGUAGAGCUACUCAAGAAUUUAUUAAAACCAUCGGUUUCAUUAAACCGUAUGCUGUCAUUUCGAAGCUUUUAUAUUCCAGAUACAAUACCUUUUUACUAAAUUACUUGUCCGAAUGGAAAAAAAAGAAUGAGCCUUCAAGCUGUCAUACAAGACUUAUUGAAUGCUGUAGUAAGCGUGAACAAAUUAAGCAUGAAAUGCAGCAAGAUGAUUCCAAGCACUAUAAAAGCCCUGCGGAAAUAAACCAUCAUCUUUCAACCAUAUCAAAAAUGUAUUUCGCAUGUAGCCUUUCCGAUCAGUUGACAGUUCCAGUUGAAGAAGAGCAUUUAUUACAUCAAUUGUUAGAAUAUGGACCUGCAUCUCUAGCAGUUGAUCUCACUACUUAUUUAAAUAAUAUAACAUUUGAAAAUGCAAAAGAAUCAAAAAAUAUUCUUUCUUUCUGUUCCAUUUUAGCAGAUCAUAACGAUUAUUGCGCUAAAAUGUUAGCUAAAAUCAUAGAAGCCUUUCCAGUCUGUGACGAAAAACUAUUAUUUUAUUUGCUGGUCUUUUAUUUCAAACUCUGGCAAGUAGAUAAAGUAAGUUCAAGUUUUGUCUCAGAUUUUAUAAAGACACAUUGCUUGCGAUUGGACAAAACUAUCAUUGUAAGUAGGCUUUAUACAUUUUUUAAUGUGACACAAAGAAUACACCGCCAUCAAAUAAAUACACGCACAUUGCAUAACGAAACAAUAGGCAAGUGUGGUGAAAACCUUAUGAAAAAUAAUUCAAAUGUGGCUUUAAAUGGAAAUUUAAGUAAAAGAUCAUUUCUCAUGAUGUUAAAAAGUUCUUGCUCCAAUGAAGAAAUAAAAGCUAUAAAGAUAAAACCAAUAUUUACGGAUGGAUUAAUGCGAAGUGUAGUUGAUUCUGUGAAUGAAUUAAAGUUAGUUGAGAAUUUCAACGAAAAGAUUAAGACGUCGAGAUCCAUGCUGUCUCUCUAUACAAACAAUCCAAUCGAGUUUCGUAAUGAUAAAUGUGACAUCUGUCAUGAAAUGUUAAGUACGCAGUCCAUUUAUUUUCUUUGUCAACAUUCCUUUCAUAGAGAAUGCCUCAAUUACAAAUCGACAAAACGUAAAGAAAAGUUAUUGUGUAUUAUAUGUAAAACCAGAAAUUUGAUAAGUCCAAAACAUUCUUCCAAUUUUUGCUGUGAUUCUUCAGAUACUAUUGCAGCACUUGCAAAAAUAGUUUCUAUAGGAAAUAAGCUAGAAACUAAACUUAUGAUAGGAGGACGGCCGAAAAGCGAUGGCGUUACAUCUUCUAACCCCUUUGAUUAAAAUAUAAUAAUUUAAAAAACGCUAUAUCUGAAAUUAUUGUCUUUAAUUCUUAAUAUAUUAUUCGUUGUUAUAAAUAAAUGUACAUAUAUCGAUACAUUA